CGAGGGCGGGGCCGUGUGGAGGAGGAAGCGGGCCAGGCCGGGCGGCGGCUCACCAGGGCGAACCAUGGACAGCCAGGGCAGGAAGGUGGUGGUGUGCGACAACGGCACUGGGUUUGUGAAGUGUGGAUAUGCAGGCUCUAACUUUCCAGAACACAUCUUCCCAGCUUUGGUUGGAAGACCUAUUAUCAGAUCAACCACCAAAGUGGGAAACAUUGAAAUCAAGGAUCUCAUGGUUGGCGAUGAGGCAAGUGAGCUGCGCUCCAUGUUGGAGGUGAACUACCCGAUGGAGAACGGCAUCGUGCGCAACUGGGACGACAUGAAGCACCUGUGGGACUACACAUUCGGGCCAGAGAAGCUCAAUAUAGACACCAGGAGCUGCAAGAUCUUACUUACAGAACCCCCAAUGAAUCCAACCAAGAACAGAGAGAAGAUUGUCGAGGUAAUGUUUGAAACUUACCAGUUUUCUGGUGUGUAUGUAGCCAUCCAAGCAGUUCUGACUUUGUAUGCUCAAGGUUUACUGACUGGUGUGGUAGUGGACUCUGGAGAUGGUGUCACUCACAUUUGCCCAGUAUAUGAAGGCUUUUCCCUCCCUCACCUUACAAGGAGGCUGGAUAUUGCUGGGAGGGAUAUUACCAGGUAUCUUAUCAAGCUGCUGCUGUUGCGAGGAUAUGCCUUCAACCAUUCUGCUGACUUUGAGACAGUUCGCAUGAUUAAAGAAAAACUUUGUUAUGUGGGUUACAAUAUUGAGCAAGAGCAGAAGCUGGCCUUAGAGACCACAGUGCUAGUUGAGUCAUACACUCUUCCAGAUGGACGUAUUAUUAAGGUUGGAGGAGAAAGAUUUGAAGCACCAGAAGCUUUAUUUCAGCCUCAUUUGAUCAAUGUUGAGGGGGUUGGUGUUGCUGAAUUGCUUUUUAACACAAUCCAGGCAGCCGACAUUGAUACCAGAUCUGAAUUUUACAAGCACAUUGUGCUUUCUGGAGGUUCUACCAUGUAUCCUGGCCUGCCAUCGAGGUUGGAACGAGAGCUUAAACAGCUUUACCUAGAACGAGUUCUGAAAGGAGAUGUGGAGAAACUUUCGAAAUUUAAGAUCCGCAUUGAAGACCCGCCUCGCAGGAAGCACAUGGUGUUCUUGGGUGGCGCAGUCCUAGCAGACAUCAUGAAAGACAAAGACAACUUCUGGAUGACCAGACAAGAGUACCAAGAAAAGGGUGUCCGUGUGCUGGAGAAACUCGGUGUGACUGUUCGAUAAAAUAGCAGGCUUGUCCCCAUCACGCCUCUAAUGCUUUUUCUUUUUCCCUUUUAAAAAAAAAAAAAAAAAAA